CAGCCUGCGGCGCGGGCGCCGAGAGCUCCAGGCCCACCUCCUCUCCCUUCUCCGAGACGGUCCUGAGCGCAUGCGCCUUGAGAAGCCGGCGGGGGGACAUGGACGGCUGCCUGGCAGCAGCGGCUCUCAACGGGAUGGACCGACGGUCCCUGCAGCGCUCGGCUAGGUUGGGUCAAGAAGUACUGGAGCGGGCCAAGAGGAGAGCGGUGGACUGGGGUUCGCUGGAGCUUCCCAGAGGCGGCGUGGGCGCCUUUUCCAGGGGGAGACCCUACGAAGAAAGACGUCCCGCACCUGGUCCCCAGCGCCUUUUCCCAGGAGAGAGAGAAGAAAGAUACCCAACCCUUAGUGCUUCCUUCAGAACAAUGGCUGAAUUCAUGGACUAUACUUCAAGUCAGUGUGGGAAAUAUUACUCAUCUGUGCCAGAGGAAGGAGGGGCAACCCACGUCUCCCGUUAUCACAGAAGGAAGUCAGAGCUGCACUUGUGCUCGGACAUAGGGAAUGAUCAGAGAAAAGACACAUCCCUUGGUGUUGGAAGAAACUAUCAAGUAUCAGAGAGUGCUCGGGCAUCCCAGCCUGCUGAGCCCAUCGCCAAGGACCUCUACAUAGAAGUGUAUCCAGGAACCUACUCUGUCACUGUGGGCGGAAAUGACUUAACCAAGAAGACUCAUGUGGUAGCAGUUGAUUCAGGACAGAGUGUGGACUUGGUCUUCCCGGUGUGAGUUGACAUCACAUUGCACUGCAUCACUUUUUUUAAGUAGCAAGAAGAAUAAAGCCACCAUAUGAUUCUAUUGCUAUUUAUACGUUCAUCCUGCUUUUAGUGCUGAUUGUUGACAGCCAGCCUUUCUGGUAAUUGGAGCUUGUCUCCUGGAGCCUGUUUUAAUCUGAAAGGGUGGACGUCACCCCCACCCUCCAGUAAUAAUGUAAUUAUUUAAUGGUGCUGUCUGAACAGUUUUUGCUGCUUAUUUUCCAAAUAAAGGUUAAUUAUGAUAAUAAAGGGAGAGAUUUGGAAAUGAAGAGAAUUCCUUUUUAUUG